CCACCAGCAUCUUUUCCCUUGCCAGUUACUAAAGUAAGAGGUAGUCUUUCUUGCUUUGUCCUCCUCUACGUCCUAUGCUCGAGCCACAAGCAUCGGUGAACCUGGACUGUCAGAACAAGUUUGCACGCUUCUUGGGCCAGCAAGGAAUCGCACAACCCCCCUCUGCUUGACAACUGUUCCCCCCAAGUUCAUCAACUUAUACGGAUUUAUUCAUUAAACCCAUCACUCAAACAAAUUCACGUCAACUGCAACCGCCAUGUCUACAACGCUCGGCCAUAAGGGCGUCGAAGCUGUCCAGAACAAAGACUAUGCAGCUGCGAUACCACUCCUCGACAAAGCUCUUGACUCGUCGACUUCUCCAGCCUGGCUGCUUGCCCGCGCCCAAGCACACCAGCAACUGAAGAACUACGAUGCCGCCCUACGGGACGUUGAGCUGGCAUACCACACCGCAGCCGAGCGCGGUUCGGGAAACUCUCGCAAGCAAAUGAUCGAAUCUCAAUAUCGUCGUUCCGUCCUCUACUACAAGCUUGGCCGUCAUGCAGACGCCGAUUGCUGCGCCAAGUGGUGCAUGUUAUUGGCUGAGGGCCGCCCGGCACGCGAGGAUGACGGCGUCGAGAAAAAGGUCGACGGUAAUGGCAACUACACCGUAACCUACGAGGACGGUGUUGCUGACAAGAACGGCCAACCAGGCCAGAGCGGUGAUUCUAAGGGCAACAUCCUCUCUGGGAUCAUGGGAGGCGAUGGGGGUACAGGAUCCUCAGCGAAGACCGGCUUCGAGAGUGACUGGAAGCGCGCGUACACUUGGAGGAGCCAGGUGCUUGGUGCCCUCAACAGAUUGCCAGAGGACGACCCGGGUCGGAAGGUCAACGUCACCAAGAUUCCGAGCAAGCCCCAAGCGAAGCCCACAAAGCCGGACCCCAAACCGGAGCCGAAGCCCGAAUCGGCCAAGCCCCCAGCGCCUGCUCCAGGCAGUGUUCCCGACGAACAGCUGAAGCUCAAGGUUGACUUUUACCAAAGCAACGACAAAGUUUCGGUGACGUUGUACAUUAAGGAUGUCAAGAAAGAGGAACUUGAGGUGGAAUUCUCAGAAACUCAGGUCCGACUUUCACCUCUUCCCCGUGCGGCGGCUCCCUACGUCAAGGCAGGGGACCGUGAAGCGGCAUCUACCCUUACUCUGGACGGGAAAAUCGACCCCUCGAAAUCCCGCUUUACCGCCCACCCACGGAAAAUUGAGCUUGUCCUCGCCAAGGCCACCCCCGGCAUCAAAUGGGGCUCAUGGGGCAAGGAGCACAUCGGCCUCGACGCGUGGAAAAACGAUACGAGCGCGGCUUCGGAUGCGGCCGGCACCUCAGCCCCUGCACCCGUUGCCGAGGCUCAACCCCAAGACCAAUCCUCCUCGAUCCCCGAGCCGACCCCGGAAGCCACCACCUCUGCAGGCCCCGCCUAUCCGACGAGCAGCCGCUCCGGCCCCAAGAACUGGGACAAGCUGGUCAACUCCGAGGCUGAGGGAGAAGACGACGAUGCCGGCAAGGGGGACCCCAACUACUUCUUCAAGCAACUCUACAAAGGCGCGACCCCAGAGCAGCAGCGGGCUAUGCAGAAGAGCUUCAUCGAGAGCAACGGCACCGCGCUCAGCACCGACUGGAACGACGUCAAAGCCCGCACUGUGGAGACGUUGCCGCCUGACGGUGUCGAGGCGAAGAAGUGGGAGUGAGAUUGUGCAGGAAUUGGAUGUUUCUUGUUAUUGGUUUCAUUGACUUCGUUUUCUGUCUUGUUUUGCAUGGAAAUAGGUGGUCGCUUUUGCAGGCGUUGCUAGAAAAGGCUGUUGCCGCGCUGGUAUGCGCUCGGGGCGCGGUGUCCCAAGGGGCGUCAUCAGGAGCGGGCAGGGAGUGCCUUACAGGCGUUUAGGUAGCUUAAUCAACAAAUAUUAUUAUGGACAUCUAAGG